CCGUUUCCAUAACACAACGUCAUACUACUCUCUCUGUUUCUUCUCUCUUUAUAGAGAGAGACAUACAAAGGUUUUGCUCCAAGAAAGAAACUUGCGGUACACACACAUAUUUACAAUCAUCGUCAGCUUCUUCUCCUUCCUCUCCAAGAAAAAAAAAAACAAUUUUUUUGAUUCUUUAUCGAAUCUUCUGUUUCGUUUAUCAUCAAGAAAUGGGCAAGAGAGAUGAGAAAGCCGAAGCUGUUCUUCGUUUACUCAGGAAACAAACUCCACUCACUCUUAAACAAGAGAAGUUCUGUAACAGAGAAUGCGUGGAGAGAUUCUUGAAAGGGAAAGGAGACAACGUCAAAAAAGCUGCGAAGCAGCUAACUUCAUGCCUUUCGUGGAGACAAAACUUUGAUAUUGAGCGAAUGGGGGCAGAGGAGUUCUCGGCGGAGCUAGCCGACGGCGUAGCUUACAUCGCCGGCCACGACGGAGAAUCCAGACCCGUUAUCAUGUUCCGUUUCAAGCAUGAUUAUCAGAAGCUGCGUAGCCAGAAACAAUUUACGCGUUUAGUGGCGUUCACGAUGGAGACUGCGAUCUCGAGCAUGUCCAGAAACGCGGAACAGAGCGUUGUUCUACUCUUCGAUGCAAGCUUUUUCAGAUCAUCCUCUGCUUUUGCAAAUCUGCUUUUGGCAACCCUAAAAAUUAUCGCAGAUAAUUACCCAUGCCGACUUUACAAGGCCUUUAUCAUCGACCCUCCCUCCUUUUUCUCUUACAUUUGGAAGGGUGUACGUCCUUUCGUGGAGCUAUCUACUGUCACUAUGUUAAUCUCGUCUCUAGACUACGACGAGCAGCUAGAUAUUAGCCACGUGUCAUCAUCCUCAUGUCUUAGAUCAGCUUCCCUACGUUUCGAUCCAUCGUCGAUCAAAUCAACGGCUAAGAUUGGUUCAGCUUCUUCAAGAUUCGCCUUCACCGUAACUCGCAACUCAAUGAAGCCGUGGUACCUUUCCUUAACCGACACAUCACCGUUUCACGCCGCCGUCGACUCCACCGCUUCCAAAGUAUCUCCUCUCAGCGUGCGUUCUCUAUCUUUCGCGUCUCCGGCGGGGCGUGGCUUAAGAGACCCGAAACCAGCCGCAUGCAGAAAGAGUUUGUUUCCCUCGACGCCGUUGCCGGAGAAGACGAAAACGGUUCCGCACCGGAAAACUCCACGUCCGUCUUUUUUUCAGUCCCCGGCAAUGUUCUUUCGCGGGGAGAAAAAUGUCGGCGGAGGCGAGAAGUCAUCACGUGAAGCGUUCGUACCGUAUCUGAAGUUUUAUCGGAGACCGUACGAUGAGACGGCCUAUAGGUCUAAACUGCGGGGUCCACGUGGAUUUGUGUCAGUCGUGUCUUCGCACAGAAGAUGUCGCCACGUAUCUUUAUCUCAACGGUUCUAGUUAUGACGUUCAAAGACCAGAUUGGAGAGCAAAGUGUAUAUACUAGUUUUACAUUUAUCUGUUCCGACCACUCUCUCGUAGAGUAGGCUAGUAGCAGUCAUAUUACACUGGAGUAUUAUUAUUCAACGAGCUUGUUUUUUUUAUUUA